UUUUUUUCUUUUUUCCCCUGGGUCUUUCUUUCCUCUGAGACCUGGCUUUGUAGCAGUUUCUCAUUCUUUCAAUUCUUUCACGGUUGUUUGUAGGAAGAUUUUCAUUCGGUAUAUUAACAUUGUGCUCGCUGGCAGGCCCGGUGACCGACAAGACCAGGAACGGUUAGAACAGUGAUUAAGAGAACUGUUUUAACUUGGACAAUUUGCAUCAGCUCUUUUAAAUCAGCAAUUCUGUUAUUUCUAACUGCACAAUAUGCAUAUCAAGGAAAAACUUGGCCAAAAUGAGGCCGCUGGAAGAGUCGGCAUCUCAUUUGAGUUCUUCCCUCCCAAAACAGCGCAAGGUGUGCAGAACCUUUACGACAGAAUGGACCGAAUGCACGCAUUAGGCCCGUCCUUCAUUGAUAUCACAUGGGGUGCCGGUGGACGGUUGUCAGACUUGACUUGUGAGAUGGUUAAUGUGGCCCAAUCGGUGUACGGACUGGAGACUUGCAUGCAUUUGACAUGUACAGACAUGCCGACGGAGAAGGUAGAUGCCGCCCUACAGGCUGCCUACAAGUCUGGCUGCACUAAUAUCCUGGCCCUUCGCGGUGACCCGCCUCGUGAGCAAGAGAAGUGGGAAGCUGCAGAGGGCGGACUUCGUUAUGCGAAGGACCUGGUCAGGUACAUUCGGGACAAGUACGGAAACCAUUUUGACAUUGGAGUGGGAGGCUACCCGGAGGGCGCAGACGAUAACCCAGAUGUGGACCUCUUGAUAGAUCACCUGAAGGAGAAGGUCGAUGCAGGUGCUUCAUUUGUUAUCACACAGAUGUUCUACGAUACGGACCUUUUCAUCGACUGGGUAAAGAAGUGCCGCGCCAAGGGAAUCAACGUGCCUAUUAUUCCUGGUAUCAUGCCGAUUCAGACUUAUUCCGCGUUUAUCAGACGAGCAACCUGGACAAAGAUUCAUAUCCCCGAAGAUUGGCUUGAGACCCUGGAACCCGUGAAGAAUGAUGAUGCGGCAGUCAAGGAGAUCGGAAAGGUCCUGAUCGCAGACAUGUGUAGGAGGCUUUUGGCAGCUGGCAUUAACCAUUUGCACUUUUAUACGAUGAACCUGGCCCAGGCCACGCAGCUGGUCCUCGAUGAGCUGAAACUUAUGCCCUCCGAAGAGACCCCAAUCCAGCGACCCUUGCCCUGGCGGCCGUCGCUUGGUCUUAACCGUAGGGCAGAGGAUGUUCGCCCGAUCUUCUGGCGGAACCGGAACUCUUCCUACAUCGCUCGCACGCAGACAUGGGACGAAUUCCCGAACGGCCGCUGGACCGACUCCCGAUCUCCAGCUUUUGGUGAGCUUGAUUCUUACGGCAUAGGCCUCAAGGGCACAAACGAACAAAACAUUCAACUGUGGGGUGAGCCUAAGUCCAUUCGGGACCUUUCGCACCUCUUCGUUAGUUAUCUGGAGGGUAAGCUGGGUCGGUUGCCCUGGAGCGACACACCCAUCAGCUCUGAAGCGAAAACUAUCAAACCCAACCUAAUCGAACUUAAUAACCGGGGUAUCCUCACUAUUAACUCUCAGCCCGCCGUCAAUGGAGCUAAGUCAUCCCACCCUGUGUAUGGAUGGGGUCCGAAGAAUGGCUUCGUGUACCAGAAGGCAUACCUCGAACUCUUGAUCCCCCCGUACUUGCUUGACGAACUGAUCACACGCAUCGAAAGUAACGAGGAUCUCACCUACCACGCGGUUUCAAAGAAUGGCGAAUUGCGGACUAACACUCAAGAUAGCCCCAACGCCUUGACUUGGGGUAUCUUCGCGGGUAGAGAGGUUGUCCAACCUACCAUUGUUGAAACAAUCAGUUUUCUGGCCUGGAAGGACGAGGCAUACCGCCUAGGUGAAGACUGGGCUAAGUGCCAUGCUGCUACGAGCCCCAGCAGGAAAUUGAUCCAAGGCCUGGUGGACAACUGGUACCUUGUUAACAUCGUCAACAACGACUUCCACAACACAUACGAUCUCUUUGAACUGUUCAAGGACUUGAACGUAAAAGAUUUUGAUGUCGAAGUCACCGCAGACAACGCCGACUCGAAGUCCCAGGAGGCCGAGGCCACCGCAAACUAAUUUACCUACAUCACGAACAACCCCAGCAGGCUAUGCCUGCUCCACGACUUCUCUAGCAUCUCUUCAACGAUUUACUAUGACUCCUAAUUCAACAUCUAUAUCUCAACGAUACCUGCCUGGGGUCGAUUCACCCCAAGGCGCGAAAUGGCUUAUGGUGACACGAAUUGAAGAUUCUCAACGAUUUCUUCUUUGAGCGUUAUUUAAUUUCAACAUGACUUUUAACAUUCAAACUUAUACCCCCACCCGAUUAUUUUCAUUUCUCAUCGAGCGCGAGAAGAAUCUCAAAUUCAACAUCAUAAUCAAGUCUCCCUUAGAGCCCGAAGCUCAGGGGUCGUCAACCAUGACCCCGCCUCCUCUUUCGCUUUUGUCUAUACAUUCUUACCUCAACCUUCUAUCUCGCUUUUCUUUCUUCCUUUAUUUACAACAGAGCAGGGCUACAUAAAACAGGGUGAUGCGAUACCUUACGAUAAUUCAACACUAUGGAUGACAACGGAGUUGGGUUCAUGAGAAACGAAAAAGUGAUCCUUUUCAACACGGGAUACGGAGUUUCCUCAUGAAGUCUUUGAUAUAUUUCACGAAAUUUAUUUACUCAAG